CGCGGCACUUAUCAGUCGGCCAUAUAAGACCACGACGGGACACCCGUCCAAAUUGUCAUUCGGGUUGUGUUCUCUCAGUGGCAGUUUCCUGAAACUUGCUCUCCCUUCCACAAUGAUCCGCGCCGUCAUUCUCAUCAGCUGCUGCGUCGCAGCGUUUGCUCAAACCGCGAGCAAAUCCGGCUCCGGAAGCGUCAAAGGCGUCAGCGUAUGCGGUCGUCCAGCGAAUCCCGCCGACCGCAACUGGUCCGGCGGAUCCCGCAUUGUGGGCGGUCAGCCGGCGGAACCUGGCUCGCAUCCCUGGAUUGUUGGCUUGGUCAUGUACUACGGACGGGGUUAUGAAGCGCAACAAUUCUGCGGCGGCAGCAUCAUCGCACCCAAUGUCAUCCUCACCGCCGGCCAUUGCGUGGCCGACUUUUCCGAUGAGGACAUGAUCCGCAGUGUCCGGGUCGUCCCCGGCGGCAACAGCAACCUGGCGGCCGCCUCGCAUGACGAGCGCAACUUGUUUGAAAUCCGCGCAGUCCGCCGUCAUUCGCAAUACGACAACCCACCCGGCACCACCAACAACGACGUCGCCCUGCUGAUCCUGAGAACCUCUAUCCCCCUCACUGGUAACGUCCAGGCUGUCUGCUUGCCCAGCUUCGAUCCCACCGAGAAGGGCCGUGCUGCCAACAUUGAUUCGCAGACCGGCAAACCCGUCGUCGUCGUGGCUGGUUUCGGACAUUUGACGGAAGGCGGUGGCGGUAUCAAGGGUAGCGUUGGCUCUGGCUCUGACCAACUGAUGCAUGUCUUCCUCGACUUCCAGACCCCCGCUGAAUGCAAGGCCGGUCUGAACCGCAACGGCAUGUACUUCGAUCCCAAGACGAUGCUCUGCGCUGGAUUCCCGGAGGGCAGGAAGGACUCGUGCCAAGGUGACAGCGGUGGCCCCCUGGUCAUGAAGACCAAGGACCAACAGUGGAACUUGGUCGGUGUGGUGUCCUUCGGUGCCGGCUGCGCUCAGGGCGGCGGUGCCUACGGAGUGUACGCCAAUGUCCGCAACUACGUCAACUGGAUCCAACAGAACAUGUACUAAAACACCUCAGUACAUCCAAGAUUCCUCCUGAUUAUGUCUGAGUUUGACGUCUGUUUGCUAAUUUCGCACUCGCAAACAUCUUUGCAUUAGCUGUACAAGUAUAAACGAUUCCACGACAAGGCUUUUACAAGUACCGCAUUUUUCCUGAUGCUUGUAACUGAUGUCUGCAGCAACGCAAUUGCUGGUGAUUGGUCUAAUAUAAUUAAAGAGCAAAUACAGGAAUUGCAAAUAAAAACAAAAUUGCUUUC